CGGGCUCUGGGCUUUUCAUGGAGCGUUCGCAGAGUCGCCUCAGCCUGUCCGCCUCCUUCGAGGCCCUGGCCAUUUACUUCCCCUGCAUGAACAGCUUCGACGAGGAAGAUGCGGAAGGAGAUGGCCGGAAACUCAAAGGUGCUAUCCAGCGCAGCACAGAAACUGGCUUGGCUGUUGAAAUGCCAAGCCGGACGAUCCGACAAGCCAGCCAUGAAUCCAUUGAGGAAAGCAUGAACAGCUAUGGAUCCGAAGGAAACUUGAAUUUCAAUGGAGUUCACCUGGCAUCCGCUGGACAAUUUAGCGAUUUCUUGGGCAGCAUGGGACCAGCCCAGUUUGUGGGGCGCCAGACCUUGGCCACUACCUCCAUGGGGGAUGUGGAAAUUGGAUUACAGGAACGAAAUGGACAACUGGAAGUGGAUAUCAUUCAAGCCCGAGGACUGACUCCAAAGCCUGGCUCCAAAACCCUUCCAGCUGCUUACAUUAAGGCCUAUCUACUAGAAAAUGGGGUGUGCAUCGCAAAGAAGAAGACCAAAGUGGCUCGCAAAUCCUUAGACCCCCUGUACAACCAAGUAUUACUUUUCCCAGAGAGUCCACAAGGCAAAGUACUGCAGGUGAUUGUCUGGGGAAACUACGGACGCAUGGAACGCAAACACUUCAUGGGAGUCGCCCGGGUUCUUUUGGAAGAAUUGGAUUUGUCAACUUUGGCGGUAGGCUGGUAUAAGCUUUUCCCAACCUCUUCAAUGGUGGAUCCUGCGACCGCUCCGCUCCUGCGCCAAUCGUCACAGCUUUCCUUGGAGAGCACAGUGGGACCUUGCUGCGACAGGUCUUAAUGAGCAAGGAAGUACUUUGGGACUGCUUCUGUUUUUAAAAUCAUGCUGUCAAGGUUUUGUUUGCCGGAACGCUGUCCUCGAGCGCAUUGCAUCUUCGAUCAGUCCUUGGGGGAAAACCUGAAGGUGAGGAUGGCCAAGUAACCUUGGACAGAAACCAAGAUGGAGGCCAGUGACCUCUCUCCAUCCAAGUGGGAGGAGCUGCGGGGCACAAUCCUAAUUACAGAAGGACACACACACACA